AUGUGGCCAUCUUUUCAUGUAGUUAUAACACUUUUGGGAAUUUCAGUGUUGUUUCGGUGUACGGAUUCAGUCGAUCUACCUCGAUUUGUGGGUCCAGGAUCAAACGUGACUGUCGCUGUGGGCAGAGAUGCGGCGCUUACAUGCAGAGUUGAUAAUUUACAGACAUUUAAGGUGGCGUGGUUACGAGUAGACACGCAGACAAUUCUGACAAUAGCGGGUCACGUGAUCACGAAGAAUCAUCGAAUCAGCGUCCAGCAUGGUGACGGAGCGUGGACGCUUGGCCUACGUGACGUCAGCGCGUCCGACGGUGGACGUUACAUGUGUCAAGUGAACACAGAGCCUAUGAUGAGUCAAACUCAUUUGUUGCAAGUUGUCGUUCCGCCUGAUGUGGACGACGAGGCGAGUAGCGGUGAAGUUCUAGUAAAGGAAGGUGAAAACGCCGCGCUGCGUUGCGUCGCGUCGGGAGUCCCUCCGCCGAACGUGACGUGGAGGCGGGAGGACUCGAGGCACUUUAAGAUUGACAAUCAAACUCUCGUUUCGAAAUUCAGCGGUGAAUGGCUGAAUCUUACUGAAAUUGAAAGAGUGACGUCAGGCGCUUAUCUCUGUAUAGCAACGAAUGGAGUCCCACCCUCAGUGAGCAAGAGGAUACAGAUAAACGUCAUGUUUGCACCGACGGUUUGGGCUGGACGAGUAGCGAUCCGAGCGUUAGCUGGCACCGCUGUCACUCUAACUUGCACUGCUGAAGCUUAUCCUGUACCACAAGUUUACUGGAUAUUGAAUAGCGAACAAAAACUUGUUAACGGAUCGAAAUACAGAAUAGAUAAGCUCUCUAGAGGUUACCGGCACACUCUGACGCUACAGGUGAACGAGAUGUCGAGAGAAGACGCCGGGGCGUAUCGGUGCCACGUCGAAAAUAAUUUAGGAAAGGCUCAAGCGGAAUUGUUCUUACACAUGUUAACAACAACAACAACGACGACGACGACGACAACAACGACAACAACAACAACAACGACAACAACACCGCCUCCGACAACCACAUUGCUACCGUAUGUAGAGGAGAGACAUUUGGAGCAGCUACAUCGAGGUGUUAUGGAAGAUCCAGCACUCGAGAAUUCCUACAUCGUCUUUAGUCAACAUCAAAAGCAAAAUCUUGAAAUGGUGACGACAAUGUGA